AUGCCUGGCGAUCGUGAGAGUUUGAUCACAUUUGCCUGUGAUAAUCUUCCCCCACUACAACCGGUUGAUUGGAAGGACCUGGGUCCAGUACUAGAUCCAAUCCCCGAGGACAUGGAAAGGUUGAUGCAGAAGGCUAAUGAAUGGCAUUCUCGCUUCCUGGAUGCUUUGGAAGGUAAAUCUCUUGAGCAAAACGUCCCACUUCAUCCCCCUGAUGGUGCUACUCAAACAGGUAACAGAAAUGAGCGCCAACAACCUGGGACGAUAGCAGGACAGCCUGCCCUCAUUACAUGGACAUGGGGAGGAGGGAGUGCAAAAGUCACAUGCCAUUCUAGAGUUGAAGCUGGGACGGUCCAAACAUUUAGCCAAGAAUGGAUUCCUGGGCCUCCUACUGUUCAAGUGAUUGCCCAAUACACAUCUCUGGAUGGGAGCUUUGUACUUCAUGCAAAUUUUCAAGCUGAUGCCCACCUCAUCACCAUCAAUACAGUUGAGGACCAGAUUCCAAGAAUAGUAUAUCAGAUAGAAAAGUCAGAACACUGUGUGGAAAGAGUUGUUUCUCUUGAUCCCCAAACGGCAAUAAGGACAACCCUUUACCCUGAUGGUACUUCCACCAUUGCACUCGAAUGGACGGGACAGACCGGAUCCGUAUCUGCAAGGCCUCCCACUUGUUCUAACUCCCUUACACUGCCUACUCUCAGGUUAGGCCAGAAUUAG